CUGAAAUUAAGUGUUUAGAAACCUUUGUAGAAAUUUAACAUUUAUGUGACAUCCAAGCACACAAUAAGUUUGUUUUACAAAAGUACUGGUUCAUGAGGGAUUAGAAAUUUUUAUGAAAACUCAAAACUAAUACCAGUCCUUUGCUGCAGGCAGUGAUGCUGGCGAUUGCAGUUCAGGACCAUGGACAGCACCUCUUUCUGCCUCCCCAGCCCUGAGCGAUCACCCCUGCUCCCAGCUCCUGGUGAAUGGCCUUGGUUGACAACUACUUCCAAAUCCAACAGAUGCUUUUCAGCCCUUGUCUUAAUUGACCUUUCUGAAGUGUUUGCCUUUGCUAACACAUGCAUCUGUCAUUUUUGUUUAAAGACCAUUCCCAAAGAAGGAAUAAAAAUGUCCCCCUAGAAUUUAGCGGUGUGCCACACCGUUAAAAUGAAGGGACAAUUCCUGGUAGCUAAACAUAUUAUUAAAACACUGUAUUGAUAUUGCUUCUUUGCUUUUCAGCGGUCUCUUAGAGGGCAGGAGACAAGUCUUAUUCAUCUUCGUGUCCAACAUGUAUUGUAAGCCAGAGUUUGUAAACCCAGAGUAAAUGCCUUUCACUUGUCAGCUGGAUGACCUUGGGCAAGUUAUUACUUAACUUCUCCUUGCCGCUGCUUCCCCAGAUGUUAAACUAGAAUCCCAUUAGAGUCCACCUUAUAGAGUUUCUAAAAUAUUAAUUCAGUUAAUACAUUUAAGAGUGCUUAGAACAGUGUCUGGCAUAGAAGAAUUAAAAGUAUUAUUAUUUUCAUCCUCAAUAUUUUAUAUUGCUGAAUAAAACAAUGAGCAUCUAUUAUCAUCAGACACUAGAUGGUGUAGGUCUUCAUCCCACCACCUGGCUAGGGCUCCUGCUGUAUAUUGACAGUAGUUUGAAUCUACACUGUCCUACUCAAGGCACCGUGAACUUUGGAAUUCCUGAGAUUUGCUUUUCCUGGGUCCCAUCCUGUUAUAUUGACCGCACUCUCCCAUCCCACCCCUUUCAGUUGUGUAUCACCUUUUCUUUUCCAGUUGGAUUCCUGCCACCUUCUGUCACCCUCCAGUCUCACUCACAAUCUCUUAUGUUCACACUGGAUGAAGGGUCCCACCUGUACAAGUGAGCCUGGCAGCCCCUGCCCCCCUCAGUGAUUCAGCCCAAUUUACCUCCUCCUCCCUUCCUGUUCCCAUAAUCUUUCUCCCCCCAGUCCUUUAACUGGCCUACUGGCUGCUAGGCACUUCCAGGUCCCUCCACCAAAAUGUCCUUGCUCCCCCGUUGCUCAGGGAGAUUUUAACCAUCUUUCAGAGCUUGAAUCAAAUUUAUCCCUUCCAUAAAAGCCAUGGUAUUUUUCCCUCCCUUUCCUGAACUACUACGUCAGCCUCUGAACCCUAGAGGGCUUCUCUGCAGUUCUCAUUCCGUCUCACCUACAUCAGUUCUAUGCUCCUCGAGGUUCAGGUCCAGGUCAUAAACUUCCCACCUGCCCACACUCUCAACACCCAUCUCGGCAGCCGCUCUGCAAGUUUCAGAGGGCAAGCCCUUUUCUCUCUCUGAGGCUAUUACUCCCACCAGCAGGAUGGGGCUAAGAGUACCUGGCUCCCUAGAUUUUAUUAAGCGAGGAGGGGCAGGGAAAGCGCUCGAGAGAGCCUCAUUAGUUGGGUGGGGGCUCCCGUGGCCCUUCAGCAGCGCGGGUCCGCGGGAAUGCGCCUGGGGCGGAGCCGCGCGGGGCCUCCUGGGAGUUGUAGUCCGUGCCGGAGUUCGCAGUCUCCGCAGGUCCCGCACGGAGGUGGCAGGCUCGCCCGGGAAGGUGGCGGGGGCCUGCGGGGUGCAAGGCGCUGGGCCCGGCGCCGGCCCCCGGCGGCGAUGGAACCGAAUACGGGCAGCGGGACUGACGCUGCCACUGCUGCUGGGCCAGCUGCUGGCACUGACCGGCGGCGGGGGCGCGUUCUACCUCGAGGUCCGCGAGCUGGAGGAGAAAUGCUUCAUUCAGGAGAUCCCCGAUGGCACCAUGGUCAUAGGUAACUACAAGACAGAGCUAUACGACCCUGCUAUGGAAAAGUACCAGCCCUCCCCUCAAUGGAUCAAUUUGUUCGUGUUUGUGAAGGACCCUGAGAACAAGAACCUGCUGUCCCGUCAGUACGGCCCUCAGGGCAGCUUCACCUUCACCUCCCAGUCCCCUGGAGAGCACCAGAUCUGCCUUCACCUCGAGUCCAUCCGGUUCGCCCUCUUCUAUGGUAGUAAGCUGGCCAUUCACUUGGACAUGCAGUUGGGUGAACGCACCAAUGAUUAUACAGAAUUUGCGGCCAAUGACAAGAUGACUCUGCUGCAACUGUGCAUACAGCAGCUGGUAGAACAGGUGGAGAAGAUCCAGAAGGAGCAGGAGCACCAGAGGGAAUGUUCUCAGACAACAUGCUCCCUCUGCCUCUCUGUGACCCUUGGGAACAGAAGAGUAGACAGUGACAGCAAUGAGCAUCUGCAAAGAGGGGUUCUUAACUGGACUCCCAGCUCGCUCUCUCCAGCUCUCCUCCCGCCCCUGCUUGGCCUCCCUCCUCACUGGCCCCCAAGACACGCCACCACCCCAGGAGCCUCAUCCCUUCCCUGCCUACCUGAAGCUUCCUCCGCACGGCAUAGAGACCCUACUUGAAUCAAUAGUCAAAUCCUUCCUUGGAGGCUGCAGAGCAGGGCCCGGGGCUCAGCACCAACGCACUCUUACUUAA